AUGGACUUCGGGGACGUUAACGGUGGAUUCGGCGACGAACAGAAGCCUCGCCCUCUGCCAUCCGACCUGCCCAAGUCCCUCGACGAUCGCAGUCAUCGUCCUCGCGAGCUGGUACCGGAGACGGAAAUGUACGAUGGUUGGCAGGGACAAUCGCAGUUUCUGACCUCACCUGUUCUUGCAAAGCCCCUCAACUUUGGCAACUUGAGCUUAGAUGAUUCCACCUACGAUGAGGACAUCACCACGGUCCCGAAGAACAGCGACGCACGAUUAAUGGAAAUGCUCGCUGCCCAAGCCGCCCACCGGGUUGGCCCGGGCUUCGACGACGAAAAAACAAUACUGGCGGACGAGAAGCUCUCUGACGACGAAAAGAAGGACUUACUGCAAAAGGCUCUUCAUAUGGCUGCGAGCAAUGGCGACACCGAGAGAAUCAGCAGCAUCCUGGGCGGAAAAGCAAAGGAAUACGUCGACAUAAAUGCGCCGGACGAAGACGGAACGCCCCCGCUCAUCUACGCAAGCUGCUUCGGUCACGAAAGCGUGGUGAAGGCGCUCAUCGAUGCUGGUGCGGAUGUCGACAAGCAGGAUCGGAACCAGUGGAGCGCUCUCAUGUGGGCGAUGACGAACCGGCAUAAGAGUAUAGCCAAGAUACUUCUCGACCACGGAGCAUCGGCCGAACAAAAGACCUCGUCUGGCAGAACUGCCUUCGACUUCGUGCCUCCGGACAGUGACAUGUCCUUCUAUCUACACGACAGUGGCUAUAACAUAGGCAAUGCCGGAACAGACGACUUUUACAACCCUGGUUUCUCCCAAGAUCGUUUCGAAGAAGAAAUGGCCGAGAAUGAGCUGCGGAGGCGAAUGAUGAUGGACAGCGCUCGUGAUCUCGAAGUCGACCUGGGCAAUGUGGGCAUGGACGAUCAGCCGGAGGCUACCGACGAGUUCGAAGAAGAACAGCCAGAGUUCGACUGGUCUCGCUGCUUGCACGACCAAAUGUUCGUUUUCCAGGAACACGAACUCGAUCGCAUUCUAGACAUCGUCAUUACCAACAUGACACCGCAACGUUCGCCCGCACAGAAACCCGUACCGGCGAACAUGAUAUUUUUGAGUGCGAGAUACGCGCACUACCACUCCAGUCCCGACUUGCUGGCCAAGCUGAUGAUAUCAGCCAUGGACAAGAUUAACGAUGUUGUUGAACAGUAUCAAUGGGACAUGACCAUACUUGCUUUCUGGAUAUCAAACGCCACCUUGCUCCUCCAUUACCUCAAGAAAGACGCCGGGCUGGUGGAAGCUACAGUUCAGUUCCAAGUUCAGCUCUCGGAGCUGAUCAACGAGAUCUUCAUUCUCAUUGUGCGGGACGCUGAGAGACGCCUAGACAAGGUCCUCGAUGCUGCCAUGCUAGAUCAUGAGACGAUUGCCGGCUUCGAGGACAUUGCCUUCCAAAACGAAUGGAGGUUAUUCAAGCGGAAAGCUCAAGUCAAGGAGGAGCCGCUGGAAAAGCGCUUCCGACCGCCAUCUCCGAAACAGAGGGCGAAACCCGCUCCGCGCAACGUCACUUCUCUGCUGUCAUCGACUUUGUUCGUGCUUGAUCUUUAUGAUAUCCAUUCGGUUAUUACGGCGCAAAUCAUUUCCCAGCUUCUAUACUGGCUCGGCGCAGAGCUAUUCAACCGCAUCAUGUCAAACCGAAAGUACCUUGCUCGGACAAAAGCAAUGCAGAUUCGAAUGAACGUCUCGACGUUGGAGGACUGGGCGAGGACCAACAACCGACAACCCGAGCACUACGAAGGGGGAGAGACCAAGUCGUCCGGCGAGACAACGGUAGAUGCAGCCAGGCGGCACCUGGCGCCCGUGAUUCAGCUGUUGAAAUGGCUUCAAUGCUUUUCCUCGCUCGGCGCGGACGAUCUCGAGGCCCUCGUGGGCACCCUGCAACAGCUUAAGAGACUGAGCCCACAGCAACUCAUUCACGUAGCAUCACAUUACAGACCUGAAGUCGGCGAGAAGGGACUCCCCAAGAGCGCGCUGAAGUACCUCAAUGCGAUCCAGGCGGAGCAUGUGCGCCGAAAGGAGGAUCGCAAGAGCGCUCCCUCCACGCCGGUCAAGGCCAAAGAUGUUAACGGUGGCAACACAGACAGCCCAGGCGGCAAGGCGACGAAGACGCCAGGCGGAGACGAGAGCGAAGAGGAAGAGGACGCGCCAGAGAACCUCCUCAUGGACCCGGCGCUGAUGCUUCCAUUUACGCUGCCCUCAGUGACCGACAUGUUGGUCUCUUAUGGAGCAGGCUUUGGAGGCGUUAACAAAGAGCGGGCGCGUAAAUACAUUCCGUCCGUACCGCAGGAGUUUCUGUCCAGACUCGAGGCUAGCGGCGCACGCAACGGGCCGAUGUUUAGUGAGAAGGACUGGGAAAACGAGGAAGUCUGA